UGCGCAGUAAAAAACAAACCAUGCUCGUUCAGAUUAUAAAAAGACACAUCAACACAUGCUCGUUCCCUAAGAAAAUCUCAAGAUAAUUAAUAUCAGUAUUCAAAAAAAAAAAGGAGAAAUAUGUCGUCGUCCACUAAAAUCCAGGUACGAGGGAAGCUACUUCCUCCGGCAAGAAACCACCGUAUGAUACACUCGGUUGUUUACAGAGUUUCCACAAAACGUCACCACCGUGAAAGCAGUGUACUCAGCAGUGAGAGUUGUCCAUCGUCGGAUUCUGUCCCAACAAAAACCGAUAAGAGCCAGUUUUGUUGUGGCAACGUUGACGGUAAAUUCGGGAGGUUCGGUGGGAAGUUUGUACCGGAGACAUUGAUGUCUCGCCUGAAAGAUCUCGAAGAAGAAUUCAAUUUUCUUUUGAGCGACCACAAAUUUCAGGAUGAGCUUACCACAGCGUUAAGAGACUACGUAGGAAGAGAAACGCCUCUCUACUUCGCCGGACGUCUAACCGAACACUACAAGAACAUAGCUCGAACAAUCGGAGGUGGGCCUGAGAUUUACCUGAAAAGGGAAGAUCUUAGCCACUGUGGGUCUCACAAAAUCAAUAACGCUCUUGCUCAGGCCAUGAUUGCCCGGCGGCUUGGUUGCAGCCGUGUGGUGGCUGCCACAGGAGCCGGACAACAUGGAGUCGCCACAGCUGCUGCAUGUGCAAAGCUCUCCUUGGACUGUACUGUUUACAUGGGAGCUCCUGAUAUAGAGAAACAAUUCUCUAAUGUGCUUUCCAUGAAACUGCUUGGCGCUCAGGUGAAAUCAGUAGAGGGAACAUUCAAAGAUGCAAGUUCAGAGGCGAUUCGACAUUGGGUCGAGAACCUAGAUUCCACAUACUUCUUAUUGGGCACGGUCGUAGGACCGCACCCAUGUCCGAUAAUGGUACGUGAGUUUCAAUCCGUGAUUGGGAAAGAGACAAGAAGGCAAGCUAAUCAACUAUGGGGUGGUAAACCUGAUGUAUUAGUAGCUUGUGUUGGAAGUGGCUCAAAUGCAUUGGGUUUGUUCCAUGAGUUUGUUGAAGACGAGGAUGUGCGGUUAGUCGGUGUCGAGGCCGCAGGGCUCGGUCUGGAUUCCGGGAAACAUUCGGCUACUUUGGCCGUUGGCCAUGUUGGUGUGUACCAUGGUUCCAUGAGCUAUUUAUUGCAAGAUGAUCAAGGACAGAUACUCAGACCCCACUCCGUAGGAGUAGGGUUAGAGUAUCCAGGAGUUGGACCAGAGAUUAGCUUCCUGAAAGAAACCGGAAGAGCUGAGUUCUACACAGCAACAGACCAAGAAGCCAUUCAAGCGUGCAUGCGAUUGAGUAGAUUGGAGGGAAUAAUACCGGCACUGGAAACGUCUCAUGCGCUCGCGUUCCUUGACAAACUCAUUCCUACUCUACGUGAUGGAGCCAAGGUGAUCGUGAAUUGUAGUGGCCGUGGCGACAAAGAUCUUGACACUCUCAUCCAACGAGGCAUAUCUUUUCCUAAUUGUUGACUCAGCAAGAUUCCAUAUUACACUCAACUCUUCCAGAGAUCGUAUAGCCGUAUAGGUGCAACAUGAUAACCAUCACUACUAAUACAUCAAAUCAUUAUCGAAAAUACCAUGUACUAGCUAGCUACCUUAAAUAACUCAGCCCCCUGAUAAUUUCUUAUCAUUAAGAUGUGUGGUAUAAUGAACGAACGAUCUGUAACUACAAUUUUAUAUUCAAACGCUUCAAAAGAUAUACGGACCAUUAAAUUUUUAGGUGUUAAUUUAC